AUGGUCCUACAGCGACCGGAGGUGAUCUCCAUCGGAAGGGCCGAGCGGUGAUUAUUGGCCUUCACGAACAAUUGUCGAUACGUGUGGAAAUUUAUGUUUUGUAAAAAUUGUAUAUUUUUAUGAUAUAUUGUUUACUUCUUCAACUGUCGCUUGUUUAGAAGUUCAUGAUGAAAUCAGUCGUUGCCGUAGAUAUGUUGUCUCCUCUCAAAGUUUUGAAGCUCUAUAAUAACUUUAAACAGUUUUUUCUAUCCAUAAACCCUACUUUUCUGUAUAUUCGAUUACUUAUUGUACUCGAUUCGAAUCUGUCUCACUCAAAAGUUUUAUUUUUCAGGGCGAACCUUCCAAACUCGGACAAAAUGGGCAUCAGCGACAAUGACGUGCAGAAGCAGCUCCGCCACAUGAUGGCUUUCAUUGAGCAGGAAGCUAAUGAAAAGGCAGAGGAGAUCGAUGCCAAGGCUGAGGAGGAAUUCAACAUUGAGAAGGUCAGUUUACUCCGUUUUCUCCUUUUACUUCGUUAUUUAAAUUUUUUAUAAAAAUAAUGAUUUUUCUUUCUAGGGACGUCUUGUGCAACAGCAGAGACAGAAAAUCAUGGAGCAUUAUGAAAAGAAGGAGAAACAGGUCGAGCUUCAACGCAAGAUCCAGUCUUCCAACUCUUUGAACGCCGGACGUCUUCGUUGCUUGAAGGUAUCAGGGUUUUUUUUUUCGAACUUUAUUAUCUCAAUCUUUUUUUGGUAGAAAUACGUUUUCUUUUAAUGCUUUCAAAGCUUUUUAUAUGUUCAUUUUCUCAGGCUCGUGAAGAUCAUAUUCGUUCGGUUCUGGAGGAAGCGAAGAGCAACCUUUCAAGAAUUUCUGGUGACACUGGCCGCUAUCCGUCCAUUCUCAAGGGUUUGAUCCUCCAGGUUUGCAUUUUUGAAGCUUUUUUUGAUUACACUGAAAACUUUGUUCAAGAGUUAGCUGAACUUUGUGGAUGUUAGGGGAUGUUUUCUCUCAGAUAAUUCAUUUUGUAAAAAAAAGAUUUGAAAAUCUCGAUUUUAUAGGGUCUUAUGCAGCUUCUGGAGAAGAACUGCGUUCUCCGUUGUCGCGAGAAGGACCAGCGUCUUGUCGAGCAGCUCCUCCCAGAGUGCCUUGAUGCUCUGGAGAAAGAAUGGGGAGAUCGCACCAAUGUUAGUUUCUUUUCCAUUAGUUUUUUAUCAAUUAAAAUUGGAGCAUGAAUUUGAGUGAAGCUCAUUUCCAUGGUGUAGUUUGAUCGGGAUUCAAGAAUCGUUCUUUCCAGGUUAAAAUUGAUACUCACAACUACUUGCCCGCUGAUUCGGCUGGUGGUGUCGUUAUGUCAUCCAAUGGAGGAAAAAUCAAGGUUUUAUCUACGCUGGAGAGUCGUUUGGAACUGAUUGCUGGUCAGGUUAGUAAGAACUUUUAUCUCGUUUUUAACAUUUUUCAUCGAUUUUAAUUAUAACCAAGUAGAUUUUGUGAGUCUACGAGAGCUAUGUUUGACGAAUGGGUACUUUUUUCAUAAAUAGGUCAAGUUUUUUUCUUUUUAAUCCUGUUUUUUUCAAGGGUUAUCUGUGCGCGAAAAAUCGAGCUUCGUUAAGCCUUUUUCAAAAAAAUUUGCUAAAUACAUGAUGAAGUAAAAUCAUUAAUUUUUAGCGUUUGACUUCAAAUUGAAUGUUAAAGUUUUCAUUCAUUUACCAAGUUGCAACUUAACGGAAUUUAAAAAAAGUUUCCUCAAGUCCAAAUCUUUGCAGAUCGUCCCACAAGUGAGAACAGCUCUGUUCGGCCCCAACCCCAACCGCGAAUUCUUCGACUAA